CCAACGCGUUGUACUGGCUGCAGAUGCUGUUGUCGUUUACCACAUCCACCAAAACACGAACGACACUUGCGUGGUCCUUACCGAAAUGGACGCGGGUUCUCAGGUAAAUAAUCAACAGGAUAAGAAGCUUGAGGCACCAAAACCUCAAGAAGAAAAUGGAGUUCAGGUCGCGGUUGUCCAACCAGCAAAAACUCUUUCUGGCAAAGAGCUUAAGGCAUUGAAGAAGGCUCAGAAGCUGGCUGCCCGUAAAGCUCGUGUUGAUGCACGAGGUCCUACUGAGGCCAAGCACGGUCCUUCCGACCCCAAGCAAGGGAAUACUUCAAAAAAGGUCAGCAACAAGCCUGCUCCGGCUGCCGGUGCUCAACAAACCAACGAGCAGGCUGCCGAAAAGGCAUUGUUUGAGGAAAAGCAGGUGUCUAUAUUUUCGCAUUUGGACUCUCAUCGCCGUCGUAAUACCGAGAAUGCCCCUAAAGAUGUUCACCCAGCUGUUUUCCGUCUUGGUUUAAGGCUUGCGAAUUACCAAGUGUACGGAUCAAACACUCGUUGUAUUGAGCUUUUGCGCACCUUUAAGCGUGUUAUCGAGGAUUAUCAAACCCCAGCUGGAACAACCAUUUCUCGUCAUUUGACAACACAUAUAAACACGCAGAUUGCGUAUCUCGUCUCUACGAGGCCCCUUAGCAUCAGCAUGGGCAAUGCUAUCCGCUUCUUAAAGCUUGAAGUGUCCGUCCUUGGCAUUGACUUGACGGAAGACGAGGCAAAAGAAGUGCUGUUGAGCAAAAUCGAUAGCUACAUCCGGGAUCGGAUUAUCGUUGCCGGCAAAGUAAUCAUGCAAACUGCAUCCCAAAAGAUUCAAGACGGUGAUGUUGUGCUCACGUUCUCCAACUCCAGCACCGUCAACCAAGUGCUCAUCUAUGCAAAGUCCAUUGGUAAGAAUUUCCGAGUCAUCGUUGUUGAUUCUCGCCCCGGCUACGAAGGAAAGCAAGGAGUGCGCCAGCUGACGGAGCACGGAUUAUCGUGUACGUACGUGAUGCUUUCCGCUCUGGCCUACGUUAUGCAGGAAACAACAAAGAUCUUCCUUGGUGGUCACGCUAUGUUGUCGAAUGGUGCACUGUACUCGCGUGCCGGUACAUCUCUUGUUGCUCUUAUGGGUCGAGAGGCUAAUGUUCCUGUUAUCGUUUGUUGUGAGUCGUACAAGUUCAGUGAACGCAUCCAGUUAGACUCUCUCGUGUUCAAUGAGCUCGCAUCACCCGAUCAACUUGUGAAUGAUUCUAUUAAUGAGCCUGAGAAGCCGGGUGCAUUAAAAGAUUGGCGAAGCGUUAAGAACCUCAAGCUGUUGAGCCUGAAAUACGACGUUACUCCCCCUCGCCUAAUCACCGUUUGCGUGUGUGAGAUGGGACUCUUGCCCUCUACUUCAGUCCCGGCUAUUAUUAAUGAAUUUAAGCAGAUUUACACCUGAGCAAUUUCUGUUGCAUCGUCGAGUUUGCAGUACACAGAGGAAAGUGGGUAAAAACUUGCGCAUACUGAAAAAUUACUAGAGCACGCACACAUACACACACACUAUAGUUGUUCGUUUUUGACUAUUUAGAUUCAUUCGUAGGUUUCGUGACCGGGAUAAUGACCUUAUUUUUUGAGCGGCCGUAAUGGGGGUAAGCAAUGAAAGAAAAAAGGAAAGACAUAUUGAAUAUGACGGAGUAAGAGGG